AUGAGCUCAUCCACAGUUUCCGUGUCGGCGGCAACGCCGACCCAGCAUCAUCCUUUCCAGAGGAAGGUCGACGAUGUCAAACCGUCCAAGACGGACAUCAACUUUGUCAUCAUGGACUACCUCGUUAGCGAAGGCUAUCCUAGAGCUGCCGAAAAGUUUGCAAAAGAAGCGAACAUCCAGCUUCCUCUUGAAGAGGAGUCCAUCCAAUCCCGCGUAGAAAUACGUCGGGCUAUUCAUGCUGGUGAUAUCGACACUGCUAUCACCAAGAUCAAUGAUUUGAACCCUCAGAUUUUAGACACAGACCCAGCAUUGCACUUCGAUCUACUUAGGUUACAGCUUAUCGAGCUCAUCCGGGUGUGCACAUCAUCUGCUUCUUCUGAUAUCACGCCUGCGCUUAGCUUUGCUUCGUCCCAGCUUGCUCCCCGUGCAGCCACAAACCCUGAUUUUCUGAGGGAUCUUGAGCUUACAAUGUCGUUGCUUAUAUUUCUUCCUGCCGCCCCUGGUACUCUGCAGAGGGAGCUUAGUGAGUUGUUGGAACCGUCGCUCCGUAGAAAUGUUGCGAGCAAGGUCAAUGAAGCGAUACUCACUAGUAUGGGGGCUCGCGGAGAAUCUCGCAUGAGGAGCCUAGUGCGCUUACGGCAAUGGGCCGAGACAAAGGCACGGGCAGCCGGAAAGGAUCUUCCUCCUUCCCUUCCUCUCGGGUUGCAAGACGCCGACGAGAGGCCGGCCAACGGGCACAACGAGGCUGCUGAUGUGAUGGUACAGUAG